GCAGUAUUAAUUUAGGCAAUAUAGGACAUAAUUCAAUUUAUUAAUUCACUUUUUAGAAAAUAUCGUUCUGAAAUAAAUCGUAUUUUAUUUUGUAGAAAAUUCAAAAGUUUUCGAAAAUACAUUUCUGAAAUUGAUUUAAAAAGAGCUUUAAAUAACAUUUAAGUAAUAGAUUACAAUGUGUAAUAUAAGUAUAUAAUACAAAGAUUUAUUUGAAUACUUAAGCGGUAUCCCUAAUUAGUUGUUUCUAAUUAUUAUAGAUAAUCCAAAAUAGCAAACAGAUGGAAAGUGACCCUUCGCAAAAGCAUAUUCUAGUUGCUUUUACGGGUAGUGUAGCAACUAUUAAAGCUGAGGAACUUGUUGAAAAAUUACUGGAGAUUGGAAAUACAGAAGUACAAGUAAUCUGUACAGAACGUUCAAAACAUUUUGUAAAUACUGACCGUAUACGUGUACCUGUAUUCGAUGAUAACUUGGAAUGGACAACUUGGAAAAACCGAGGAGAUCCGGUUCUUCAUAUAGAACUUAGAAAGUGGGCAGAUUUAUUACUUAUAGCUCCUAUCGAUGCCAAUACACUUGCUAAAAUUAGUAAUGGAUUAUCUGAUAAUCUAGUGACCUGCGUCGCCAGAGCUUGGGAUUUUACAAAACCAUUUCUCUUUGCACCAGCAAUGAAUACUGCAAUGUGGAAACAUCCUAUAACAUCAGUUCACGUUAAUACUUUAAAAUCGUGGGGAUUUCAAGAAAUUCCUGUAACAUGUAAAAAGCUUAUGUGCGGCGAUACAGGAGCAGGAGCAAUGGCAUCUAUUGAUGAUAUUGUCAAAAUUGUUCGCGAACGUUUAUUUAAUUAG